AUGGACGCAUCCAAGCCUCUGGGCGGCAUUCAACCCCGUCUGUUUAAGCGAAUUGCCACCAUUAUCCUUGCCUUUGCUCUGUCGGCUGGCAUCAUCUUCGGCCUAUUCACCUAUGCCCCAGAAAAGUACCUGCAGCAAAUGUCCAAUGCAGUGGGCAUCUCUUCCGGGACGAGACCAAUCCCUCGUUGUGGUGACUUUACCGGAUCUAACGAGAUCUGGAAGGAAUCGCAAACAAAGUACCGAAACCUGCGCGAUGACAAGUUCACUAUCGCAAUGCAAACAUAUCGUCGACCCAAAGAGCUGAAUGACACUCUGCAUGCUCUAUUAUCCGAGAAGAUUCCCUCAUUGACAGAAGUCGUCGUGGUGUGGAACGAUGUUGAGAAUGCACCUCCUCCAAACUACCAGUCGAAACACGGCGUUCCCGUUCGGUACCGACCCUCGAGAGAGAACAGCCUCAACCAGAAACUAUGGCCCGACCCUGCAUACAAGACUCAAGCCAUUUUCCUGUCCGAUGACGACAUUUACUACAAACCCAAAGACCUCGAAUUCGUGUUUCAAACUUGGCGCAAGUUUGGCCGACGUCGCAUGACGGGAGGAUUUACCCGAUGCGCGGACCGGGAUGCUGAUGGCGGGUGGAAGUACACUGGCUGCUCCACAGAGGAGGGCCAAAAUUAUUAUAACAUGAUCUUAUCUGGACUUGCUUUUACCCAUAUUUCCUUCAUGGACUACUAUUCAUCGCAGGAUGAAGUCCCCAAGAAGAUCCGAGCCUACGUCGACGAGCAUUUCAACUGCGAAGACAUUGCUCUCAACUUUAUAACGUCACUACUAUCCGGCGAGGGACCUCUGCUCGUCAAGGGCAAGGAACCUUAUGUGAGCUUCGUACCAAAGAAUGGUAUUAGCACAAAACCAGGGCACGGCGAGGCUCGAACCAAGUGCGUCAAUGAUUAUUACGACAUGUUCAAGUGCAUGCCAUUGAUCAAUGAAACGGCGCGCAUUGAGCUCGGCGUUCUUAUUUCAUGA